UCAAAUUUGUAUCACUUUAUUUUGAUGAUGCCAUCAAACGCUGCAGCCGCCUCCCCCACGUUCGAAACUUCUGACUUGGAUUGUGACGCAGCAAUGGGGAAAAAAACGAGUGUUGAGAAGCAGGAAGUGCGAGAGGUCACACAGGAAGAGAGAGAGAUGGAAGUUCCGACGCGUAGAGUCGGCCGACCAGCACGGAAGCGCAAGCCACCAUCAGACCACCAGGGGCACUGUGGAGUAGAGGCCAUCUCCAGAAUGCUCAGACUGAGCCAGGUGAAUAGUUCUGAUCCAAAAGAGGGUGUGGCCAGGGAAAAGGGGGCGGAGUGCAACAGUGAUAUGGAGAAUGGCGUUACCAAUGGUCCUUUGCAGGAUCACAACUCCUCUCCCAGCCCUGAUUCCACUCAUCAAAAUGGAACCAGCACGCCACCUUGCCAAGAGGACUCCGCCCCCUCCAGCGAGCGGAAGAAAUGGGGGCGACGGAAACUCAAGCACCCAGCGAAACAUGUGGAGGAAGAUGAAAGCAGCAGUGACAAUGGUAAAGGAGAGAGUGAAGGAGGGAGACUCAGAGGGAGACAGGGUUGGGAUAUCACCCUGAGAAAAAGACCAAUCCCCAGGGAGACCUUCCAGGCCGGAGACCCUUUUCACAUAACCAAGAGAGAGAGAGAAGAAUGGAUUGCACGCUGGAAAAAAGAGCAGGAAGAGAAGAAGUCCCGCCUAGUGGCUGUGAUGGACACAAUGGACAACCAAUCAGGAACAGAGCAUGAGAAGGAAGAGGAGGAUUUGUCAGCUGCCAGUCUUCCAGCUACGCCCACACCACAAACUCCACCCCCUCAGCAGCACACUGACCCUGCUUCUCCAACGGUUGCCACGACACCUGAGCCUGCCCCUGUUGCCUGUGGCAACAAGAGGCAGAACUUGAGUGAAGCGGAACUUGAGUAUGAGGAUGGGCGUGGUUUUGGCAUCGGGGAGCUGGUGUGGGGGAAGCUAAGGGGCUUUUCGUGGUGGCCCGGACGGAUCGUAUCCUGGUGGAUGACGGGCAGGAGUCGGGCAGCGGAGGGAACGAGAUGGGUCAUGUGGUUUGGAGAUGGGAAAUUCUCAGUGGUGUGUGUGGAGAAGCUGUUGCCUUUGAGUUCUUUCUCCACUGCCUUCCAUCAGCCAACCUACAACAAACAACCCAUGUACAGAAAAGCCAUCUAUGAGGUGCUACAGACGGCGAGUAUUCGGGCAGGGAAGCCUUUCCCAUCAUGCCCAUCCUCUGAUGACUCAGAUUCGGGGAAGAGCGUGGAGCUGCUGACCAGAGAGAUGAUUGAAUGGGCCAGCAAUGGGUUCAUGCCCUCUGGAGCCAAAGGCCUAGAGCCACCACCUGCGGAGCGGAACCCAUAUACAGAAGUGUACCCAGAAAUGUGGGUGGAGCCAGAGGCAGCUGCAUACACAGCCCCGCCCCCUGCCAAAAAACCCAAACCCAGGAAAAGUAGUGUGGAGAAACCCAAAAUUAAGGAGAUCAUUGAUGAAGGGACCAGAGAGAGACUGAUGUACGAGGUGAGACAGAAAAUCAGGAAUAUUGAAGAUAUCUGUAUCUCCUGCGGGAGUUUGAAUGUAUCACUAGAGCAUCCUCUGUUUGUCGGAGCUAUGUGCCAGAGCUGCAAGAACUGUUUUCUGGAGUGUGCGUAUCAGUAUGAUGAUGAUGGCUAUCAGUCCUACUGCACCAUCUGCUGUGGAGGCAGGGAGGUGCUCAUGUGUGGAAACAACAACUGCUGCAGGUGUUUCUGUGUUGAGUGUGUAGAUCUGUUGGUAGGGACGGGAUCUGCCCAGGCAGCGAUCCGAGAGGAUCCAUGGAAUUGUUAUAUGUGUGGGAGUAGGAGUGUGUUUGGUUUACUGAGACGCAGAGAAGACUGGCCCUCCAGACUACAGCUCUUCUUCGCCAACAACCACGACCAGGACUUUGACCCUCCUAAGCUCUAUGCCCCUGUGCCUGUAGAUCAGAGGAAGCCAAUCAGAGUCCUCUCUCUGUUUGAUGGCAUUGCCACCGGUUUGCUGGUGCUGAAGGAUUUGGGCAUACAGGUGGACAGGUAUGUGGCGUCGGAGGUGAGUGAGGAUUCCAUCACCGUGGGCAUUGUUCGACACCAGGGCCGGAUUAUAUAUGUGGGUGAUGUUCGAAACGUCACACGUAAACAUAUUCAGGAAUGGGGUCCAUUUGACUUGGUGAUUGGUGGAAGCCCGUGUAAUGACCUGUCUAUUGUCAACCCAGCCAGAAAAGGCCUUUAUGAGGGAACAGGUCGCCUGUUUUUUGAGUUUUACCGACUGCUCCACGAAGCCCGUCCUAAAGCAGGGGAUGAGCGGCCGUUUUUCUGGCUCUUUGAGAACGUGGUGGCCAUGGGAGUCAGUGACAAGAGAGACAUCUCACGUUUCUUAGAAUGUAAUCCAGUUAUGAUUGAUGCUAAAGAGGUGUCUGCUGCCCAUAGAGCACGGUACUUCUGGGGCAACCUGCCUGGAAUGAACAGGCCAUUGACUGCCAUGGUAAAUGAUAAGCUAGAUCUACAAGACUGUCUGGAACAUGGACGCACUGCCAAGUUCCGCAAGGUGCGAACCAUCACCACUCGGUCUAAUUCUAUCAAGCAGGGUAAAGAUCAGCACUUCCCCGUCUUCAUGAACGACAAGGAGGACAUCCUCUGGUGCACCGAGAUUGAGCGAGUGUUUGGAUUCCCGGUCCACUACACUGAUGUUUCCAACAUGAGCAGGCUGUCCAGGCAAAGGCUUCUGGGAAGGUCUUGGAGUGUUCCUGUAAUUCGACACCUCUUUGCGCCACUGAAGGAUUACUUUGCCUGCGAGUAGAGCUCCACCCAUCUAAUCUGCAUAAAUGCAGUCUCCGCCUCUGACAGAGCCUAUGUCGGCCCCUACAACUAAUGGCUCACUCCACUCCUUCAUUUGCAUCCAGACCAAACUCAACCCCGUUUGCUGUCUUUUGGGAGAGACCAGACUCUGUAA